AUGGCAGGACAGAUAUCCCCUUCAGACUGUUCUCAUCUCAUUGACCACAGUCACAUCCCUGAGUUUGAGGUGUCUCCUUGGGUCAAGAUCACUUUGGCCUCAGCAUAUGUCUGCAUCUUUGUUGCGGGCAUCUUGGGCAACAGCAUCACCAUCAAGGCUACCAGGAUCCUGCAGAAGAAAGGCUACCUACAGAAGGAGGUCACAGACCACAUGGUGAGCCUGGCCUGCUCAGACCUGCUGGUCAUUCUGCUGGGCAUGCCCAUGGAGUUCUUCAGUGCCAUCUGGAGCCCAUUCUCCACCCCCAAUGGCAACAUAGCUUGCAAGCUCUACUACUUCCUCUUUGAAGCCUGCAGUUAUGCGACUGUGCUGCAUGUUGCCACCCUCAGCUUUGAGAGGUAUGUGGCUAUCUGCCACCCCUUCAAGUUCAAGGCUCUCUCUGGACCCCGCACAGUGAAGCUGCUCAUCGCCUUUGUCUGGGGGACAUCUGUGAUAGUGGCUCUGCCCCUGCUCUUUGCCAUGGGCACAGAAUAUCCCCUGGAAAUCAUCGAGGGCUACCAAGGUACAACUGCCUGUGUCAAACCUACGCCCAGGCACCACCUCCCUGAGCUGAAGCACAAUAUGACCAUAUGUACCAGCCUGUCCUCCAAGUGGUCUGUCUUUCAGGCCAGCAUCUUCGGUGCCUUUGCUGUGUACGUCAUAGUGCUGGGAUCUGUCAGCUUCAUGUGCCGCAGCAUGAUGAAAACCCUGAUGAUUCACAAGGAAGGAACUGUGGCAGUGAAGGGUGGGCUAAGACACCAGGAGGAAUACCUAAGAAAAAGUGAGACCUCGGAGGGAAAGAGCUCCAGGAGACAUAUCAUUUUAUUCCUGGGACUGAUUGUUGCAACUCUGGCAAUAUGCUGGAUGCCAAACCAGGUUAGGAGGAUCAUGGCUGCUGCUAAACCAAAGCAGGACUGGACUGUCCCCUACUUCAACGCAUACAUCACUCUUCUUCCCAUUGCCGACAUCUUCUUCUACCUCAGCUCGGUGGUGAACCCCCUCCUGUACAACAUCUCUUCUCAGCAGUUCCGCAGCGUGUUUCUGCAGGUCCUCCGCUGCCGCCUGACAAUCCAACAUGCCAACAAGGAGAAGUUUCUCAGAGCCAACCUGAGCUCGAGAGCAAGGAGCAGCCGGUCUCUACGCCCACUGCUCUUCAGCUCUAGGCGCCGUUCUUCUAUACGGGGCAAUAACAAAGUUUUCUUGAGCACUUUUCAGAAUGAGACCCAGCCCAACUGCCGUCUCCAGAAACCAGGUCUUGAACCACCAGAGCCCGGCUUGGAAGUAGUGCCACUAGAGACUAGCUCAGAGCCCACUCCAGAUGCACAAAACGGCCGUUGUGAACAUCAAGUAUGACUUUGUAAGGCAAGGUUAAUGAUUAGCA